UGGAUAUUCCUUCUUGGGUGUUUUUUUUUAUUUAUUUUUGUGAAUGGGCAUCCGUGGCCGCUGUGAGGAGCUUGUGAAUGGACUGACUGCCGGGCUGACUGAUUGACAGACUGGCAAAGAGGGAGGCAGCUGUGUGUCAAUUAAAAAGGGCAAUGCUGAGAGGUCAAGCGAGGAGCAACAGAGCCUCUUAGUAGUCUGGAAAUACAAAGACACGUGAGGGGAAUCAAGAAACUGAAGGCACGAUAAGCAACAGCAUGGUUCAUCACAGAGAAGAGGACCUGAUCGGUAUCCCCUUCCCAAAUCACAGCAGUGAUGUCCUCUGCAGCCUCAAUGAGCAGCGUCGUGACGGGCUGCUCUGCGAUGUCAUCCUCAUCGUCCGCGACCAGGAGUACCGCACGCACCGCUCCGUUCUGGCCGCCUGCAGCCAGUACUUUAAGAAGCUCUUCACAGUGGGCACUGCUAAUGGCGGGGAUCAUCAUCACACAGCCGCGGUGUACGAAAUCGACUUUGUGGCGCCGGAGUCUCUCACAGCCAUCUUGGAGUUCGCCUACACUUCUACUCUGACUGUAACGGCGUCCGACGUUAAAGAGAUCCUGAAAGCGGCCCAGAUGCUGGAGAUUCCCUGCAUCAUCAACGUUUGCCUGGAGAUCAUGGACAGCGGGGGUGGAGACGGCGGAGGUGGAGGAGGAGGGAGAGGGGAGGAGGGAGAAGAGGAGGAGGAUGUGGAGGAGGAUGAGGAGGAGGAAGAAGAGGAAGAAGAAGAGGAGUAUGAGGGGUCGAGGAAGGACGAGCACGAGGACGAGGAGGACAAUGUCAGUGAGAGGUCACUGCAGUCGUCAGAGAGCAGGGGGGAGCAGACGCCUCGGGGGAGAGGGGACUCGCCGCCUCCCAGCACCUCCACGUACCACCAGCAGUUUGACCUGCACAGAGAGUCAUCACAGUCACAGUCUCCAGACACCAUGAGAGGAAAACAGGAGAGUAUGGAGAGUCGUGCUUUGAAGGAUUUCUCCAUCGAGUCUCUCCUCCAGGAGGGUCUCUACCCCCGUAUGUCAACACUGGACAGGAGGGCCAAUUUCUCGCCUCUCCUCCCAGGCUUCUACCCCUCCAUGUGGGCCGCCGAGUUCCCAGCCUUCCCCAAGCAACUCCUGGACCCCAGCCACCACCAGCAUAUCCACGCAGGAGCCUCGCAGCAAACCCGGCUCCCCCACGCUUUCCCCUCUUCUGCACCGGUCGAGGCCUCCAGGCCCCUGGAUCUAGCUGUGAAAAGAGAGAUCAUAAAGGAGGAGAUGAAAGAUGAAAUCCCGCUCAGUCUGCUCCACGGCAAUUUCCUGAAGGGGUUUGUCAACUCGGGCCUCGGCAGCACCGUGAACGCUGGGUCAGCGCCAUCAGAAGGGAAUGCUCUGGGUCCGAUAAAGGAUGAAGUCGACUUCCGGUCGUACCUGAACUUCCUGAGCUCCGCCUCCCACCUAGGGGCGCUGUUCCCUCCCUGGCAGCUGGAGGAGGAGAGGAAGAUGAAGCCCAAAGCAUCGCAGCAGUGUCCAAUCUGCAACAAGGUCAUUCAAGGUGCUGGGAAACUGCCCCGACACAUGAGGACACAUACGGGGGAGAAACCGUACAUGUGCACUAUCUGUGAAGUACGAUUCACCAGACAAGACAAACUGAAGAUCCACAUGAGGAAGCACACAGGUGAGCGCCCCUACAUCUGCCUCCACUGCAACUCCAAGUUUGUCCACAACUACGACCUGAAGAACCACCUGCGUAUCCACACGGGUGUCCGUCCAUACCAGUGCGAGCACUGCUAUAAAAGUUUCACACGGUCCGACCACCUACAUCGACACAUCAAGAGGCAGAGCUGCCGCAUCUCCCGCCCCAGGCGAGGAAGAAAGCCAGCUGCUUGGAGGUCCACACCCACCAGCAACUUCCUGUGCCCCCCCACUGCUGCCACUAACCGGUUUGAGGAGAACGGGUUAAGCCCUGCAUACCAGGGAGUCAAGAGUCACGGACUUGGGGAGAUGCUUGGCAACAGGGGUCUGGGAUUUAAGAGUGGGGACGGUGCGGGCAGGGAGAGAAGGGAGGAACGGCGAGCGGAGGGGAAGCACGUUGCAGAGGAGGAGAAGGCAGGAGCAGGGAGGCAGAGGGGAGUGUUUGCCUUCGCCCUGGCUGGAGAAGAAGUGCUUACCCACUCUCCAUUUUACGCUGCGACCUCUGACCCCUGGACCAUGAGACUGGAGCGCGCUCCACCCAUCCCUGAGCCGGCCAAAUGAACUGUGGUCUGUAGAAGACAAAAAGACAAGAGAGAAACUCUCUUUAAUCUCUGUGUAUUUUCUGCUCCAGGAAGCUAACGCACCUUUUUAAAAAGUGAAAGUGAAGCCUGCUGAUGUGGCAGCCGUAAAACAGACUUAAAUAAUUUCACAGAUGUCAUGUUGAAUAAUUGUUUACAAAUAUGUUGAUAGCAUUUAAGAGGAGGCAAACAGUUGAACACUGCUGAUGAGGAAAACAUAUCAGAAUGCUGUUAUAUAUAUUAUUUGCAUUAUUUAUCUAAAAAUACUAUUCAUUCAAAAACUACACAAUUCUACAAUGUACUCUGGAACAAGAUAAUAUGAAGCUUUUAUAUUGAAAGGUAUUCAUAAGCAAGACAAUAUACAUCCAUAAAUCAUAAAAGGACCUAUUGCAGUUGUUAAAAUGUUGAAUUAGUGACUAUGAUGAAUGUAAAACAUUUACAUGAUUACAUGUACAAAAUAAUCAAAAAUGUAUUGUAAAGGGUUAAUAUAACAGUCUCAUAACAAAAGGGAGGUCAUUCAAUUAAAUCAAUUUAAUUUAAAUAAUGGCAUGAAUAAGCCUUCAUCCAAACAAUUCACAGCGAGUUUUGUUAAAGUGUUAAAAAAGUACUUUCAAAAAGCAAACAAACAUUAAAAACGUUUUCUAACAGCAGGGCGUUGUCCGGCACAUGUCCCGUAAGUAUGUUUGAGCCUAAAAUGGUUAUUUAACGAUAUUCCAAAACAAAGGGAACCCACUUGAAGUCCAAUAAAUCAGGACAUUUGCUAAUGUGUUAUUAUCCUUUCACUGCCUCGUUCUGAUUGAAGCUCCUCGUCUGCACUAUUGUACAUAGACACAAACAUUUUUGGCCAUGGUUGUGUUAAUUACGGUUGCGUUGCUGAUGAUGUAAAAUAUAUAUAUAUAUUGAUCUUAAAAGGCAUCCAUCCAAAGAUGUGUACUUUGAUAUUUCACAGACUUGAAUAAGACUUUGUUUUAAUGUUUAUGAAUAUGUGUUUUCAGAGGAUGUAUAUUUAUGCCGCUUUAGCUAUACAGUAUGCUUGUGUUUUAUCUGCUGCAACAAAUCAAGAGGGUGUCAGCCCCAUUUUUUCAUAUAAUGUUCAUCUCUGAUUUGUGUAUAAAGAAGUUCAAAAAUGAUUUGAAUUGAAAUGAGAAAGUAUUUUCUUGCUAUUUAUGCAUAUUUAAAUGAAUGAGCCUUGGCUAUAUUUUG